AUGCCAAAAUCGCCUUCUGAAUUCAAGUUCUGCGAGUCCUCUGAAGUGAAAUCCUCAUCUUCGGUCCUUUUUGUUCUAGUCGAAAAACCGAGAGAUCUUUGGACCGAUGCGGAAAUACAAGCUGAAGAAGCCAACAUCUGUGCUCUAUAUGCAACCAUGUCUGCUGUAGAUCCAACACGUCAUAAGAUGAUCAUCCAGUGCACCACAACCCGUGAUGCUUGGAAAAUUCUCGAGAGGAAAUUUGAAGUGGCAAAGGUAGAAGAAUCGGAUGACGAGGUUUUCGAUGCUGAAGGAAUCACCAAAGCACUUACGGAAUGUCCAAAUUUUAAGAAAAAGAACAAGAUCUAUAAAGCCACAUGGGAUGAUUGUAGUGAUGAUGAGGAUGAUGAAUCUGAGAAAACUGAGGGUUCAGAAUACACGAACAAUUUUUCCAAGUGUCCUCUCAACAAUUAUAAGUGUUAUACAUCCUUUGUCCACCUAACUGAUGUUGAGUCAGAUGUUGGUUCUUACGCCCAUCCCCUAAGUGACUCUGAACCUGAAGAAUUUUCUAUUUGGAAUAUUGUGGGAGAAAGGGAAGCUAAGAUCAUUGCCUUGAAAGGAGAGCUCGGUCGAGUGAUGGAGAAACAUGUAUUUCUUCAAGAACAUUGUUCAAACAUCGAGAAGAAACUGAGCAAGAGUGAUGAAGUUACCAAGAUGAUCAAUAAGCCAAUAUCCUCAUUUGCUGAACUUCAAAACUUGAGUCAACAGAUAGGCACUUCAGACCAGAGGAAGAACACUCACAAACGGAAGCUGAAAGGAAAGAUUGAUGAACCAAGUCCAUCUCAGAGUAAGUCUAGUUCUACCUUUGUUAAAGAAGGUUCGAGUAUCAAUGGUAAGAAUGGUAAGUCAAACUCUGAUAAAGCUCGGAGUGAGAAUUCUGGAAAGAACUUUGUAUUGUUCGUGGUUUGCCAAAUGAACAGGCAAGAACACCGUGUGUGCGGUCCAUGUCAAAUGGGCAAACAGAAGAAAGCUUCACACAAGAGAAUAACUGAAGUGAGUACAGACAGUAUCAUGAACCUGAUUCAUAUGGAUCUGACGGGGCCCAUUCAAGUGGAAAGCUACAGUGCUUUUCGAAAACUUGUGUUAAAACUUGAAAAUGAAAAGAAGAUAAACCUUGUUGCUAUUAAGAGUGAUCAUGGAAAGGAGUUUGAAAACAGUGGUUUCGAGUCUUUUUGUGAUUCUCGGGGUAUAACUUAUCAGUUUUCUUCUCCUGUAACUACGCAACAAAAUGGAGUGGUGGAACAGAGUAUCUCGUUCGUUUAUCAUUCCCACUCGUACGCUUCCUACAUCAGUUGGUAUCAGAAGUCAGCACGAUUCAAGAUGCCGCCGCGAAAGGACGACAUUGACGGGCGUGACGCCACACUUGAGUAUCCGGGUCGACAAGCCAUGGGCUUCGACCGCCAGAUCAAUCAACUGGAUCGUCGGAUUGAGAAUCUUUCUUUGGGGAUCGAAGAAGUGCGUCUUACGAUCAACAACAUGGUUGAGGAUUUGCAGACGAACCGUGACGCCAACAACCGGGGCGUGCGCGGGGGAGUUCGCGGGGGACAUGGAGGCCGUGGUCCAGGCGGGGCACCCCGCUGGAGAUCUCCACAACCACCGUCCGGUGAUGAAGAGGGCGAGGAGAUAAUUUUGGAGGUGAAUUCCUUCGGCGAUUAUUCACCCCCGCACGUCGAGGCUGACCCAUUCGUUGCAUACGGCGGCCGUGACAUGCGGCGACAGGGCUCGGUCUUCGUGGACGGUGACGAUCAACACGACAAUAGAGGUAGGCGCGAGGAGGCUGCCUUUGCCGGCGAAUAUCGUGCCCGACACGAUUGGGGACUUGAUCGCGAAUUUGGCAAUGGGAGGCAAGUCGACGGGCCAUUGUACGACGGUCCGCCGAUCUUUGAUGAAGAGCCUCCGGUGACGGUGAAAAAACUUUGCGGGGACAGGGGAAUCGAUGAGAAUGCAGUUGUCUAUAUGGAUGGAGAUAUUGAUGCAUCCAUUGUUUGCGAUUCAUGUGAUAUGUGGUAUCACGUUUUUUGUGUGGGAUCUGAUCCUAAAGGCAGAUGUGCGUGCUCUUAUUUGGGUCUAAGAGUCUUGGUAUUUGUUGUUGAUGGUGGUGAGACAGCUGUAGUCGUAUCCCUGUUUGAUAAAAAUCAAGAGAGUGUUGCAUUGGUUGGGCGACGUUCAACUUUCGUGUUUGAUCGGGGAAAAAGACGGGAGUUUCUUACUAUAGAUUCGACACCACACGUCGGUCACGGGAGCGCAUCGGCUUCGAUGGCGAAACCUUCCGAACCGGGAGAGAAUGGUACGAGCCUGACAUCCUAUGAAAUUUUGAAAGGUAAACCUCCUAGUGUGAAGUACUUUCAUGUGUUCGGAUGCCGUUGUUACAUCAAUAAUGAUAGGGAACAUCUAGGUAAAUUUGAGUCUAAAAGUGACAUUGGUCAAUUCCUAGGAUAUGAAACUAACAGUCGUGCAUUUCGUGUCUACAAUUUGCGUACUGAAGUUGUGAUAAAAUCAAUUAAUGUUGUCCUUGAUGACUUGUUUGAUAAUGUUCUUACGUCCGAUGUUUCUCAAAUUGAUGUUUUUGAAGGAAAUAUGUCUGAAAAUUCUGAAGUAAAAGUGCUUUGA